AUGUCAGACUUCGCCAAUCUCCUGCAAGACCUUGUGCGAGUCUCCGAUAAUCAGGAAGUACGUCACGAGACUUGGGGUUUUACAAUCUACCGCACUGCCUAUACCGGUUCGCAAGAUGAUCAAAGAUGGGAUAUACUCAUUGAUGCUAUUACAUCCUCGGUCUAUAAUGUGAUUAUGACGAGUCCGGAGGGCACUUCUGGCUCAAACAAUGAGGAGGCGCAAUUACUUUGGUCUCUAUUCGACCUCGACCUAAAAGUCAAUUCAACGCUGAAGGACCUUGAUAUGGAUGACUUGCGCAAGACCCACCAAGAAGGAGGUUCUCAGAAUGGAAGAGGAUGCUUCCUACUGGUUGAUCAAGAGGUUUUAACAGAUGUUGAUGGGAAAGGCGAUUAUUGGAUAAAGUGUGUACAAGCAGACUACAAAGCCAGUGAUUAUGUUCCCAGAAACUCACGAGUCACGCAACGGUAUUUUGGCUGGUUGAAGGUAAAGAUAAAGAAAACUUUUGAGUUGUGGGAGAAAUUGGUAAUGUUUGGGGAGUUGGAAAGGAUUGCGCCACCGACGAUUGGUGGAGUGCAGGUGAUUUGGGAUGGAGAUUCUUCGAUGUGA